AUGACUACAACGCCACCUUCGACUACUACUAUGGACCGCAGUGUAAUUCUCCGCCGUUGGUUUGAUCUUGUGAUUCAGAAUCAGGAGGAUUUGGCAAAAAUCAUCACUUUUGAGUCGGGAAAGCCUCUGGCUGAGGCUCGAGGGGAGGUGCUGUAUUCCGCCUCCUUCCUGGAGUGGUUUUCUGAGGAGGCGCGUCGUGUUUAUGGAGAUGUGGUGCCCUCCCCCAACAGGGACCGCCGCCUCCUGCUGCUCAAACAACCAGUGGGCGUGGCCUCCAUCAUCACACCUUGGAACUUCCCCAGUGCGAUGAUCACCCGUAAAGUAGGAGCAGCGCUGUCGGCGGGCUGCAGCGUCGUCAUCAAACCUGCAGAAGAUACUCCUCUGUCUGCUCUGGCCCUGGCUCAGGUACUAGCACCUCCUCCUGAUCCUCCUCUGUCUGCUCUGGCCCUGGCUCAGGUACUAGCACCUCCUCCUGCUCCUCCUCUGUCUGCUCUGGCCCUGGCUCAGGUACUAGCACCUCCUCCUGCUCCUCCUCUGUCUGCUCUGGCCCUGGCUCAGGUACUAGCACCUCCUCCUGCUCCUCCUCCUCUGUCUGCUCUGGCCCUGGCUCAGGUACUAGCACCUCCUCCUGCUCCUCCUCCUCUGUCUGCUCUGGCCCUGGCUCAGGUACUAGCACCUCCUCCUCCUGCUCCUCCUCCUCCUAUGUCUGCUCUGGCCCUGGCUCAGGUACUAGCACCUCCUCCUGCUCCUCCUCCUCUGUCUGCUCUGGCCCUGGCUCAGGUACUAGCACCUCCUCCUGCUCCUCCUCCUCUGUCUGCUCUGGCCCUGGCUCAGGUACUAGCACCUCCUCCUGAUCCUCCUCUGUCUGCUCUGGCCCUGGCUCAGGUACUAGCACCUCCUCCUGCUCCUCCUCUGUCUGCUCUGGCCCUGGCUCAGGUACUAGCACCUCCUCCUGCUCCUCCUCUGUCUGCUCUGGCCCUGGCUCAGGUACUAGCACCUCCUCCUGCUCCUCCUCCUCUGUCUGCUCUGGCCCUGGCUCAGGUACUAGCACCUCCUCCUGCUCCUCCUCCUCUGUCUGCUCUGGCCCUGGCUCAGGUACUAGCACCUCCUCCUCCUGCUCCUCCUCCUCCUAUGUCUGCUCUGGCCCUGGCUCAGGUACUAGCACCUCCUCCUGCUCCUCCUCCUCUGUCUGCUCUGGCCCUGGCUCAGGUACUAGCACCUCCUCCUGCUCCUCCUCCUCUGUCUGCUCUGGCCCUGGCUCAGGUACUAGCACCUCCUCCUCCUGCUCCUCUUUCUGCUCUGGCCCUAGCUCAGGUACUAGCACCUCCUCCUCCUGCUCCUCUGUCUGCUCUGGCUCUGGUACUAGCACCUCCUGCUCCACCUCUGUCUACUCUGGCCCUGGCUCAGGUACUAGCACCUCCUCCUGCUCCACCUCUGUCUGCUCUGGCCCUGGCUCAGGUACUAGCACCUCCUCCUCCUGCUCCUCUGUCUGCUCUGGCCCUAGCUCAGGUACUAGCACCUCCUCCUCCUCCUCCUCCUCUGUCUGCUCUGGCUCUGGUACUAGCACCUCCUGCUCCACCUCUGUCUGCUCUGGCCCUGGCUCAGGUACUAGCACCUCCUCCUGCUCCACCUCUGUCUGCUCUGGCCCUGGCUCAGGUACUAGCACCUCCUCCUCCUGCUCCUCUGUCUGCCCUGGCUCGGGUACUAGCACCUCCUCCUCCUCCUCCUCCUCUGUCUGCUCUGGCUCUGGUACUAGCACCUCCUGCUCCACCUCUGUCUGCUCUGGCCCUGGCUCAGGUACUAGCACCUCCUCCUGCUCUUCCUCCAGGUGUAACUGGCAGACCAGGCAGGUGCACCUCCUGGUCUCACCUCCUCUCUCCUCCUCAGCUGGCAGACCAGGCAGGUGUACCUCCUGGUCUCACCUCCUCUCUCCUCCUCAGCUGGCAGACCAGGCAGGUGCACCUCCUGGUCUCACCUCCUCUCUCCUCCUCAGCUGGCAGACCAGGCAGGUGUACCUCCUGGUCUCACCUCCUCCUCUCUCCCCUUCAGCUGGCAGACCAGGCAGGUGUACCUCCUGGUGUGGUGAACGUGGUCUCCUGCUCCAGACUCCAGACUCCUGCUGUGGGGAGAGUCCUCUGCACUGAUCCUCAGGUCGGAAAGAUCUCCUUCACCGGCUCCACGGCAACAGGGAAGCUGCUGUUAAAGAUGGCCGCAGACUCUGUGAAGCGUGUUUCCAUGGAGCUGGGAGGCCACGCCCCCUUCAUCGUCUUCAACAGCGCCGACCUGGACCUCGCUGUGAAGGCCGCCAUGGGUUCAAAGUUUAGGAACUCUGGACAGACGUGUGUGUGUUCAAACCGCUUCCUGGUUCAGAGCGGUGUUUAUGAGGACUUCCUGGACAGAGUGGGCAUGGCCAUGGACCGGGAGCUCCGAUUGGGCCAUGGGAUGGAACCCACCACCACACAGGGUCCACUGAUCAACCAGAGGGCGGCAGAGAAGGUGGCGCUGCAGAUCUCAGACGCUGUGAGUCGAGGAGCGCGGCUUCUCAGAGGAGGCUCCCAAUUGGAUGGUUCCUUCGUAGAGCCCGCCCUCCUCGCUGAUGUCACCACCGACAUGAGCUGCACCAGAGAAGAGACCUUUGGCCCCGUGAUGCCGGUGCUAAGGUUCCAGGUGGAGGAGGAGGCCGUGGCCAUCGCUAACGCCUCAGAUGUGGGACUCGCAGGGUACUUCUUCUCCUCAGACGUGUCUCAGAUCUGGCGUGUGGCGGAGGCCCUGGAGGUGGGCAUCGUGGGGGUGAACGAGGGCCUGGUGUCCUCCCCUGAGGGAGCCUUUGGGGGAGUCAAACAGUCUGGGCUCGGGAGAGAGGGCUCUAGGUACGGCAUCGACGAGUACCUGGAGGUCAAGUAUGUGUGCUUCGGAGGACUGAGGCCUUGA